GAUGCUUAUUUUCAAGAAUCUAUUUCCAUCGCUCCCACUCUCUCUCUCAAGUUCUUAUCUCUCUCUCUUUUUUUAUUUACAGUGCUUUCUUUCACUAAACAUCAUACUGUGUCUUCAGAUUCAGUGCCAUAAUUUUUGUUUUUGUCUCCAUUUCUUGCAUAUGAAAAGUUCUUCUGCGUAUUUGUGAUUUCUCACCUCUGAAUCUUUUUACUCUUCAAAUCGUGAAAACUUUUUUCACCGUUCUUCAAGAAGAUGGGCAGAGCAGCAAGAUGGUUCAAGGGCAUUUUCGGUAUGAAAAAUAGCAAAGAGAAAGAGAACAGAGUUUCCGGCGACGGUGAAUAUUCCGGCAACGGAGGAGGAGAAGCUGGUGGGUCCCUCAUUCACCGAAAAGUUCUCCAAGCAGACUCCGUCUGGCUCAGAACCUACUUGGCAGAAACAGACAAGGAACAGAACAAACACGCUAUUGCGGUUGCUGCCGCCACUGCCGCUGCCGCAGACGCAGCGGUUGCAGCUGCUCAAGCUGCGGUCGCGGUGGUUAGGCUAACAAGUAACGGAAGAGCCAGUGGAUAUUCCGGAGGGAACGGAGUGGAGCGGUGGGCCGCCGUGAAAAUUCAAACAGUUUUCAAGGGCUAUUUGGCGAGGAAAGCGUUAAGAGCUUUGAAAGGUCUGGUGAAGCUCCAAGCUUUGGUGAGAGGAUAUUUAGUUCGCAAACGCGCCGCCGAAACGCUUCACAGCAUGCAAGCUCUCUUCAGAGCACAAACUAGCGUUCGGUCUCAACGCAUCAACCGUAACAACAUGUUACAUCCUAGACAUUCCCUUGAGAGGUUUGAUGAUUCAAGAAGCGAAGUCCAUAGCAAGAGAAUAUCAAUCUCUGUUGAGAGAGAGAACUUCAACAACAACGUAUAUGAUGAGACCAGUCCCAAGAUUGUUGAGAUUGACACUUACAAAACGAAAUCAAGAUCGAGGAGAAUGAAUGUUGCAGUAUCCGAAUGUGGUGAUGAUUUCAUCUAUCAAGGCAAAGAUUUCGAAUGGAGUUUUCCAGGAGAUAAAUGCAAGUUUCCUACGGCUCAAAACACUCCAAGAUUCUCUUCAUCGAUGGCGAGUAAUCAUCAUUACUAUACACCGCCUUCACCGGCGAAAAGCGUUUCCAGAGACGUUUGUUUUAGGCCGAGUUAUUCUGGUUUGAUGACACCGAGUUAUAUGGCUAAUACUCAGUCGUUUAAGGCCAAGGUGCGUUCCCAUAGCGCGCCGAGACAGCGUCCUGAUAGAAAGAGGUUGUCUCUUGAUGAGAUUAUGGCGGCUAGGAGUAGCGUUAGCGGCGUAAGGAUGGUCCAACCGCAACCGCAGCAAGAAAAACGUUCAUCUUGUUCUUAUGAUCGUCAGUUUCCUCAAGAACCGGCGGACUUUAGAUUCUAUAACUAGAAAGAAACGUUUAUUUCGUCCUUGAGAAAAAGAUCUUCAUUGCUUUUUGACUUUUCAUCGAGGACUUCUUUUAUUUUCUUUAUCUUUUGGUCUUUUAUUUUCUCCCUUUUCUUCGGGCUCUUAUUUUUGUAAAGUUUUGCUUUGGAAAAGAAAAUGUUAAAUUUGUUUCUAGUUAUUUACUAGUACUACAACUUACUACUAUUCAUACUGAAAUGUGUGUUUAUAUAGCGAUGAACUAAUUAAUGUUAUAUACAUUAGAAAAAUAAGAAUCUGAUUCAAAAGAUCAUGUACAAGAGUAAUAUGUUAAGGUUAUAUCAUUUAAAUAUAUUAAUAGAUUAACCAAACUUGGUUAUAUGUUUUGGAGAAUUUGAAAUUCAAAUAUGUGAGUGUAAUCGAGAAUAUAUUAAUAACUACUACCUAUGAUGACGAAAUGAGGUUGAAAUUUGCAAUAAAAUUGCGAAUCCAUGUAGCAUCAGACAAGUACGAUAUGAUGUUAUCAUUACUACGAAAAUUUCAAAAUCUUUUGUUAUGUUUCUACAUCUAAUCAUUAUUAAACCCACCAGGGAAUAUGAUUGGCGGAGACCGAUACGUGUUUACGUCAUCAUAUUCGUUCUUCAGAAACCCGAAAAUAAAAUAAAAUUUACUUCAACGGCUUUUUAUAAUCUCUAUUUACCAUGUCAAAGAAAAGGAUAAGAGCUACAUUAAUAUCGUAAUCUGCCAAAAAGAUUCCAUACUAGCCUUUUAAAUAAGGUUUUAACCUUAAUUAUAGUUUAGACUUCAGACUCUAGAUGAAUAUGCUUUUACAUUUCAAAAAGCAUCGAGGGAAAUUUGUCUCAUUGAGUUUCUUUGGAUAACAUCGUACUAUUUUUUCUUCGUGUUGUUAACGAUCACAUUUUUGGAUGAUGAGAUUCUUGUAUUGUUUUGGACCACUAAGAGCUCAUAAAACUACUGUCAACUUUUUAAGAUAUAAAACUGUGUGCUAUACUAUGCUCGAUCUAUCUUCACGUCUACGUAUAAGUUUCUCAACAUUCUCCAACAGGAAAGAAAAUAAAAACCGAAGCUGGACAGAAAGAGAGUAAAAAGUUGGUAAACGUACCAAUCAUCAUUAUAAUUACGAAAAAAAGUUUGAGCCAUUUAAUGGGGGCUUAUCAUGGGUCAGACUUCAGUAACUUUGAGAUGAAACCAAAAAUAAAUGAAUAUUUUCGUUGGAUUAUCCUAAAAAGGCUUUCUUUUUAUUUUACUCUCUUCGUAAGAUCUUUUGCUUUGAGCAGCUUCAAGAAAAUCUACGGCUUACGGAGUAGCAUCUUGGAACAUUCAACCCUGCAACCAAAAUCAACACAUGAUAUAUAAGCAACUUGGAUCAAAUCAGCCUUGUUAUUAAAAUAGAAUAAUUCCAAUGGUUUAUUCUAUUUUAAAGUAAUUUUUACUCUAAAAUAGAAUAAGUUUCUAUCAAAUAGUUUACUUUACAUUCAACUCUAAAAAGAAUAUAUUUAAAUAUUCUUUUUUAUUUUAUGACUAAUACAUUUUACUUACAAAAUUUAUAAAUUGAUCCCUUAUAUUUUGUUUUUCACAAAGUUCUUAUAAAUUAUAUAUUUAUAUCAAACAUUUCUUAACUUAAAAAUUACAUUAUAUUAAAACAUAAUACAUUUAGCUUAAACAUCACUAUUAGUUUAUAUUUCCCAUAAAUGAUCAAUUAACGAAUUUUGAAGCGCAAAAUGAGUUUUUUUUGUCUUUGAUUUUUCUAAAUUGACCAGAUGAACAAUAAGACCAUAUGCUAACAUCUGAAAUGCGGCCGUUACUUUUUGCAAAGACGAUAAUCCAACCACGCCCGCUGCAUCCCUUUUUUUUGUCUGAAGUAUUUGUCAUAACUUUCAACAGCUUCGAUUAUACGAAGGAAUAGAGGAUGAGACAUACGAUAUCUCCUACGAAACAUAACAUCAUUGUACAUCGGCAUCUCCGAAAAUUAAUCUAUGAACAAUCUAUAACUUGGUGAUCAAACAACAUCGGUUAUCAAUACCUUAAAAGAAGGAAAUACUGAUUUUUUGGAACAACUAAAGAAGACAAGAGCACAUCGAGAAUAUCAAUUGGAGAUUCAAAAGAAGAAUUAUGCUUUGAAUGAGUAGAAGAAAUAAAACAAAUAUUUAUUUUGUGACUUGAUUUCAGUGUAAGAUCCAGAAGUUCGUGCAUAUUUUCAAGAGGAAUGAACACAUAUUUUACAAAAAGACGUGGUCAACAACAUGAACAAGAAGAUAUUCGUUCGUCUACCUCAUCUGGACAAUACUUUAACAAUCUUGGUGGAUCUGGAGGCAAUUUACCAGAAUAUUAAAUCACAAUUAUCUAUGAUUUUAAUUUUAUGUUGUGUUGCUUAUUUCUAAUUUUAGUAUUUGUUUUCUUUGGCUAAUUUUAUAAAAUUGUUUUUAAUUUUAAUGCUUGUUUCUUUGGCUAAUGAUAAUAAGUUUCAAACGUUCAUAUAUUGUCUUGAAGAGAAUUAUGUGGUGUUUGCAUAAUUAAAUUACAUAAAUAGUUACAAAAU